AUGUCAUCAAGUGGCUUCCUCCGCGUAGACUACAAGUCUAAUCCUGUGGACAUUCCCGACACAUUUCUCACCGGCCCGGCAUCUGAGCCCGUCACAAUAACACCCGUCCCGUUCAAAGAAUCUGGGCUGCCCGAGUACACUAAAUGCAAGGCGUGGACCCUCGACAACGUCCUCUCUCGAGAGGAGUGCAGGGAGCUAAUUGCUUACGCCGAGGCUUCUGCCGUCCUGGAGAAGCCAGGCGAGUCUCCCUGGAAACCCGCUCUUGUUAGUGUAGCCCCAGGAUUGGAAGCGUCAGCCCCAGGAUAUCGCCACAGCGAUCGAAUCGUAUGGGACACGCAGCUUCUCGUUGACCGUCUAUGGGACCGCUGUGCUCAAGCCGAAGGGCUGCAGGAGCUCGUUGCCACGGCUCCAUGUCCAAGACCAAACACUAGCCAGGGCACAUGGAAGUUUGCCGGCUUAAACGAGCGCAUGAGGUUCCUCAAGUAUGGGCCUGGCAUGUUCUUCAGGAGGCACUGUGAUGCCGCGUACCGAUCCGAAAAAGAUAGCGAUGUUAUUACGGAGACGUACUAUACGCUGCAUCUCUACCUCAGCGAUGAAGGUCUCGUCGGCGGAGCGACCGCUUUUUCAUCGCCCAAUGGAAAGAGGCGCAUGGAUGUCAAUCCCAAGGCAGGCAGCGUCCUCAUCUUCCAGCAUCCCAUGCUCUACCAUGAAGGAGCAGAUGUCAUGGAAGGUCUCAAGUAUACGAUGAGGACGGAAAUCAUGUAUCGGUGGGAGGAUGCGCCAAAGGCUGAAGCGCAAAAUUAG